UUUCCAUCCUGUGUGACCAAUACCAUAUUUCAUAGUUUUUUUUUCCUUUUUUAAAUGCUGAACAACUUUUUUUCAGAUGUUUAAGUUAACAAGGACAUUUAAAUGUUCAAUGGCCCAUAACGUAUAUGUAAACUACACUUAAGUGUUUGUUCCGAGUGUUUUAAGUGAUGCAACAAAAGUAAUGUUUAUUGUGUCGUUUUUCUCACAACUUUAUACUUUUACUUGAAUAAUUAUUUACUCUUUAUUGAGUAAUAUAGUCCUAUAAAAACGUUACUCUUUGUCGAAUUACAUUUUUUAAAUAGCCAUCUUGUUCAAACCAGUUUGCUGUGCUUUGCCGUGGAUGUCUGAACCUUCCGUGUUGACCACAGAGGGUAAGUGUAAUUUCCGAGCCGCCUUUGAACUCCUCAGCUGUAGUUGAGCUGCGACGCUGCUGUUGUUUUCUUCAUUCAGAAGAACCUCCAGUGCAGCGCCGUGAGCUACCGGGGAAAACAUCUCCGUCUACGGAGAACCAAACCUCAGCGUCGGUCCUCCUCCGGAGAAAACCAACGAACAAACCUUCACUCAUUUUUAUUUUAAUUGUAUUUAUUCGUUUUUUUUUUAUUCAUAGCAGCUUUUGGGGAUGCUACGCGCGCGGCACACUUUUAUCUAAGCGAUUCGAAGUUGCUAAUUAACUGGUAUUUACGUAUUUGAGAGGCGCGCGUGAGGUUUGCGCGCGCGGGCGCUGCAGGUAUUUGUUGAGUAGUGUUUUCCAUCUUUGAAUCAACGCUGCUUGGAUUUGAACCGAAGCAAGUGUGGAGCCGAGGACGAGCUCGAGAGCGUUUACGACAGACCUCGAUCGGAGAGAGAGAUGACCCUCGUCUUGUCCAUGAAUCCUUUCUUGGAUGCAGAGGGAAACCCUCCGCCCUCCACAUUCCCCCCCAUUUGGGAGUCGGAGCGCUUCACUAAGGCCUGCCUGUCAAGUCGUGCCACACCGCGCAGCUCUGAGGAACAGUUUACACAAGAACCUCACUGCAGACGAGCUCCAGAUCACGUCUCCGUUUCAAGGAUUGCUUACUUCAAGAGGAAGUUUGUGGAUGAAGAUGAGUCACCUUUCAGCUUCAGGUCCUAUUGCCACACUGUCGCCCCGGUUUUGGAGGAGCGUGCUCACGUGCUGCGCCUCUCCCUGGAGAAGAUGCGAUUCAUCGACGACCCCGAGUUAUUCCUGCGCCGCUCCGUCCUCGUGAAUAACCUUCUCCGGCGUCUGCGCGCCGAGAUCCUGCUCCAGAGCAGUGACUUGUGCUUCCCCCCCGGCCCUCCGUUCACCGCCGGGCCCUGCAUCCUCCCGGCUGGCGCCGGGCCCGCUCACCAGUUGCUCCACAGAGCCGUGCCCUCCCGGAUCUGCUUAGCCCCCCAGGCCGGGCCGCCGCUACGCAAGCGUUUUCGGACAGUCGCUGGGGUACAGGGGGACCUGCGCCCUGACUGCGCCCAGACCUGCUGCUGCAUCUACGCUGCAGCCGCCGCCGCAGGCCACUACAUCCACUUCCCCUUCUCCAUGUACGACGCAACUCUCUCCAGCUGCCCCCCCACGCCACACUCCUCUUCAUUCUUCCAGCUAGCCGGCCACAGCAAGCUAGGCCUAACGAUGGUCGUCGAUGACGACGAGGAUGAGGAUGCUGAGGAGGAGGAGAACGAAGAGGAAGAACAUCGGGCAGAGGAGGAUGAAGACGAUGAGGAACAGGAACAGUCCGGUCCCUGUGUCGACGUUAAAGACAAAGACCAGCAAGUGCUGAGUCACAAACAGGAGAGGACAGAGGAGGAAGGAGACGAGCCAGAGGAGAACGACGAGGAGGAAGAGGACGAGGAAGAGGAGAAAGCUUUGAGGCCGUGUCUUUGGGGCUCAGACCAAGAAAGCCACAGAUUUAGCUUGUGGCGCCGCCGAGCUCACAGACAAUAACUGCAAAACGAUCAACACAAGAGGAGAAAGCGUCGACGACCGCAUCUGUAAUCAGCUGGAAAUCAUUUGUCUCGUUUUGCAAACCAAGCAAUCUGUUUACUUUAACAAUGCCAAGUCACGUGGACGUCAAAGGUCCGACGUGCCUGAAUGUGGCACGCAGACCGAGGCUAGAUGAAGGAAAACCUGAAAGGUCGUUUUUUUUCCUGACAGUCAGCACAUUUUUCAAACAUUUAUAAACUACAAGAUCACAUAUCAGGGGAUCUUAAAGCCCAAAUGUGAAGUGAAGCUUGCUAUUGCACUGAAUCCAAGGCUAUUCAAGCACAAGAGUCCCCCAUGCGGGGGCCUCUUAUUGGUGCAACGGUCUUUCAGGACCCUAAACAAACCCCAGAAUGAACGGGUGGUCUGCUUGGAGGUGUGUGUUUGCAGAAUAUGAUGUAGCAUUAAAAAAAAAACGGAUUUAGCCAGUUUUGUUGAUUAAUCCACUCAUAAUUCUGCGUGCCUGUUUCUUUUUGUGGCCGUCUCAGGCGUCAGCAUGUGCUGCAGCGUGUAGAAUUCAGAUUACUUUAUGACAACACAAUCAUAUGAAUUGUUAACUUGCAAUUUAAAGUGCCUUAGUGUUUUUUCUGAAUACAUGUAUAUUGUGUGUUUAUGUAAUUGUUUGAGUUACUAAGUGGCUACUUUGCAUAAUCAAUGGCUGCUUCGGCAUAUAACGGGAUACGAGCAUGUCGUUAGAUGCAGAGGAGCUGAUAAAUGUGUUGGAGUCUGAAGCAAAUAUCCUCACCUCAAGGGUUUGUUUUUACAUCAAAUGCAUGAGUUCCAGCAAAAUCCUUUGCUGAUUAAAAAAAAAAAAGCACAAACACCUCCAGCUUUAAACAUCACUUGAUCAUUCGUGUCUUAAUAUUCGUCAGCCAAGGCAACCUUGUUUGGUAUUUUUCUUAAGGAUUUUUUUGAAAAGUAUUAUUAAUAUGGUUAUAAAAAGGUCCUCUAUUAGGGAAAAUUUUUUAAAUCUGUCAACCAAGAAGCAAAAAAAUUAGGUUAAAACCGUCAAAACUGUUUGUCAAAGAAAAAUGUUUUUAAUAUCCAUUUUUACAAGACAGCAGUCCUGUUAAACGUCAAAUUUAUGUGAAACUCACAUGUACCAUUGAAAACCUCUAAAGGUAAAUUAUGUUUGACACCAUAAAAAAAGUUUCAGUUUAUAUUAAUAGCUUAUUGAUUUAUGUGGCGCUUUAAAAUGAUCACGAUCAAACAAAUCCCCGUACAUUAAAAGUCCAAAAAUCUUUUGGCUGUAACCACUUAAGAUAUACACAGAAAAAAGUACAAGAGUUUCUGACAUUGUUUCUUUUGAAUCACAGUUUGUUUUUCACUAUAGUUCCAGAAAUCAAAAAGUUUGUCACCACAGAGCUACGGCCGAAAAGCAGAUUCCCCGUUUUUUUAUUAAGGUGCACUCUGACUGAAUGCGAUUUGCGCAACAAAUUAGCAGGCCCCGCCCCUCUUUUGUCGCGAGACAAAUUCUCUGCUCGUUGUCUGUCAAAAACUGAGUUCCUGAGUUUGACGGAACAGCCGCGUGUGGGAGGAGCUACCAGCUAAUGCAUUUAGGAUGACCGCUUUAAGGGAAGGUGUCUGUCGAUUUCUCACUUAGAAUGUAUAGACGAUGCUUACAUGAUUAUUAUUAAAAGAUUUUCCCGGUACAGGGAGCUGUGUCUGAAUGACAGCCACUUUCGCUGUGUUUCUGUGUCUCUGUGACUGAGCUUGAAGGCUCUCUGUCUAGUCGCUGAGCUCCUGAUUGGCAGAUGCGAUGCGCCGCCCUGUCAAACUUCAGAUAUUUUAAUUCAAUAUUUUAAUACAAUUCGCUGCCAGACCUUCACGCUGCGCCCGUCGCUGAAAUCACACCACGGGACUUCAGAUCGCCACAUGUCAUAUCUGUACUUGACAUUGAAACUCCGCCGCUUGAAUCACGUUCAGUGUGAAUGCACCUUUAUAGCCUAUAAAGCAGAAUCCCCAUUUCUUUAUUCCAAUGCAAACAUUUGAUUCUUAAAUGCAACAAAAUCUAUUCUAAAGUUUAUUUGGCUUCUGGAUUUGUUCUGGCGACAAAACAAAAGCAGUUAAACCCCACCCUCAAAGCCUAAAAACAAAUGCUGAGCUAUAAAAGAACCCCGUAGCAUCUCAUGUCCCAUAAGAAACUUAAAAUCCUAAAUUAAAUAUUUCAUUUUCACAUCACUUUGAACAACAAAUUCAUAUUUGCCGACCAUUUUUCCAGCUCUGCUCACAGGCUACCACCCUAAGACAAACUUUCUCUCAGUUUUUAAAUACUGUAAAUCAGUGCAAACCGUUCCAGACAGAUUCAAAGCAUCUGCAAAACAUUCAGUGCUUUUUUUUUCUCCUCAAAACACAAAGGAGCGCUGCAAAUCACACAAGCAGAUCAAUAACUCCAGCAAAUGUUGAGAAACAUUUUAGAAUCAACCUGAUGGCUGUCUUUGUGUACUCAGAUAAGGACACAAACACACUUCCUCCUGGUUGCAUCUGAAAUAAUCAAGAAUUCAAGUUUACUAGUGAAGCUUUGGUGUAAAUUGAAUUAUGUUGUGAUUUGCAAAGCACACUGAUGGGAGCUUCUGGUGUUACUGACAGCAUCUAAAAAAAUAAAAAUUAUGAUCUGUGGUGGCAGUUGGAUAUUUAAACCCCUCUAAUAGUGUUAAACAAAUUCUUUUAGUAGCUUCAUUCUUGAAUGUUUGUAGUUCCUCCAGGAAAUUGUGGUCACAUUUUAUUUAAUUAUUAUUUCGACACUUAAAAAUACACAAUUUAACCUGUCCAAAUUCUCAAAAACACCUUUAAAAGUCGGUACAUACCUAACCUUUAUUCAAAUAAAGCUAAAAAAAAGUAAGAUACUUAAUUGAAAUUAAAUAAAACUUGAACCUCCGCACAGAAAAGGUACAGAAUUGUGUCCUAUUUUUGUUUGUUUACCUACAAGCCACGGAGUGAGACGACUUUAGUGCUUAAAAAUCAAGAAAACUUGUCUGCUGGCGGACAUGACUCAGACAAAAUUUAAAAAAAUUCAUGUCAACAGUAUUUUUUGUUGUCCCACUCACAGUGAAGGUCUCGUUUGGAAGGAAGAUUCAAUCGCAAACCUGAACCAAAGUAGAAAAUCCUAAAAUAUUCUAAUUUUGUGUUUUUUUUUUCUGUAGUUCUUGUAUGGCAUACAGCAGUUUAAGCACAACUUAUUUGAGUUUUAUGUCCUUCUCGUUUUUAUGUCAGUGAUGAUAAGAGCAGGUACAGAAGUGGACCUCGGGUCUGUUUUUAUUAAGCUCAACAAGCACGAAAAAAAAAAGAUUAAUGUUGGUAAAUGGAAGAAUAGGACAAAGCAAUAUUUGUUUCUGGGCUGAAAUGAAAUGUUAAUUUCCUGUUAAAAAAAAAAGAAUUUGAAAAAACUUUUCAAGUACAAGCGUGCUUCAAUAACUAUGUGAUGUUCUGUGACAAGUGUAUCAUUAAAAUAAUGGUCGUUAAAAA